UAGAAGGAAGCGCGCUUCCUGCGGGCGGAGAACUGCGAGGGGCUGAGAGAGCAGGAAAGCCACCUCUGACGGUCCGCUUGGCCAUGAGAGACGAAUGCAUCCCGGGGCUGCGUGUUACCUGACCUCCUCCAGUAUCCCCAGUGCUACCUCCAGAAUUAGAGGCAUAAGGAGACGUGCAUAUAUGCCCACACGCCCAGUGUGUGCUCAGCGAUGUCGUCCAACCUUUCCCACUACGCGUUACGGAUGGCCCGUCUAAGCGCACGGAUCUUUGGAGAGGUCGCUCGCCCAACUGACUCGUCCUCCAUGAAAGUCGUGAAGCUAUUAAGUGAGCAGCCCUACGCGAAGCGGAAGGAAGUUUAUGACUGGUAUCCUCCCCACAGGGUCUACCACGGCCUCAUGAAGACACUUCGCUUCUAUGGCCUUUACAGAGAUGAACAUGAAGAUUUCAAAGAUGAGAUGAAACGACUGAAAAAGCUCCGCGGGAAAGGACCCCCCAAGAAAGGAGAAGGAAAGAGAGCUUUGAAGAAGAAAUAGCGUUGUCGUAUAACCAGUGUAUUUAAUAAAACAUCUUGGAACAAA